ACAUCUGGGUACCUCGUCUAUACUUUGCCUCUAUCCCAUCAUUAGCCUGGUAUGAGACCCAUGCUCUGCUUAAACCCGCGCACAAGGUAACGCUGGGACUUGGGAGGAGGGGGCGGGGGGGAGAAGCACAAGGUUCCUUUCAAGUCUCUUUCAGUUGGGAAAGGUCUCGAGUGAGGUUCCCUGUCUGCGGUGCCUGUCUGGCGUCAACUGCUGCUGCUGGCUGGCCAAGAAUCCCGAGCGCAUGAGGCACGCACACUGGAGAGGCUCCAUCCAGUCUUCUGAGGUGAUCCAGCACGCAGAGAGCGGGCAGCCGUGGGUGGCCCAGUCGUCUCCUACCUUACUCGUCCUACUUGUGUGUUCCGUGCUUUCCGCCCCCUCUUUCUCUUUCUUUUCCCUUCCUCCGUCCAGCAUCGCUCCUUGAUCCAUAAUCACCAGCACAGGGUACGCUCGCUCCCGGUUUUCUCUUGGGUUUCUCUCUCUCUUGGUGUUGAAGUUGGUGAGCCGGUUGAAGAAGAAGUUGAAGUUGAAAAGAAGUUUUGUUGCAGGUUGUCAGAGAGAGUCCUUCGAGUUCUUGUUUGGGUAUCUGUCUUCUUUUAUCAAAGACCCUCCAUAUAUACAUCAACCAUCACCAUGUCUUCCCUCUCUCGUCGCGCGUGCUACAAGUGUGGUGAGCUCGGCCACCACGCCGAGGCCUGCUCCUCCCCCCACAGACUCUGCUACAACUGCAAGCAGCCCAACCACGAGUCCAGCGAAUGCCCUCUUCCUCGUAGCACCGAGGCCAAGCAAUGCUACCACUGCCAGGGUCUCGGCCACGUCCAGGCUGACUGCCCUACCCUCCGCAUCAGCGGCGCCGGGUCUACCAGCCGCUGCUACAACUGCGGCCAGCCCGGUCACUACAUGCGCGCCUGCCCCAACCCUCCCACUGGCAUCCCCCGCGGUGCUCCCGUUGGCCGUGGCGGUUUCGGCGGUUUCGGACGUGGUGGCUUUGCUGGCGGUGCUCGCCCCGCUACCUGCUACAAGUGCGGUGGCCCUAACCACUUUGCCCGCGACUGCCAGGCUCAGGCCAUGAAGUGCUACGCCUGCGGCAAGCUCGGUCACAUCUCCCGCGAUUGCACCGCUCCCAACGGCGGUCCCCUCAACACCGCCGGCAAGACCUGCUACCAGUGCAGCGAGACCGGCCAUAUCUCGCGCGACUGCCCCAACAAGCCCCACACCAACGGCGAGAUUAAGCAGGACGACCUGAACGCUGGCCACCCUGGUCAGGGUCUCGCUGCUGCUCCCGUUGCCCCCGUGGCCCCUGUUGCUUAGGAAGCCGAACAGACCAACGGUGACGGCGGAGCUCACACCAAAGGUGACAGCGGCGCUUACAUCAGCGGUGACGGCCAUGUUGCAGUGAACGGGUUCUCGCACUAGCCAUCAUCAUUACCAACUUGUUAUAUUCCCUUCUUAAUACGCUUAUGUAUGUCUUUACGAACGAAUGCAGCGGUCAAAAUCUCGGCGUCCACGGUUCUCGAUAUAUACACCAUCGGCUUCAUGCUCUUUCAGCACAGAGACACGACGGCACGGAACACAAAACUUUCGGAAUGGGAAGGUUUUCUCCACUUUUAUGUCAGCUCACGUAGGCACUUCACGGCACGGUUUUACCUCUCACUUGGACACAACUUCAUGAUACCCCGAAAUUGACGAAGCGGUGUGGGUCGACAAGAUCAGGCCACUGCGGAGGAUGAUCUCGUCGUCAGUAGGUUGUUGGAAGGUGGCCCAUGUUUGGAGGGGCGAGGGCUGGCUCGUUGGAGGUCCUGUUGGUGGAAACGGCCAGCUCGGAGAAAAUCAAAAAAGAGAGAGCAGAGCUUGAGGAUGGAAGGCAGCAGGUUUAAAAGCAAAAGCCCGAUGUGUGUGUGUUAUCUUGGGUUACUCAUGGGCUUAGGCGAAGAGAUGUCAAAUCCAGACGUAUCAAACUACCUCCCGCUGACGUUAUGUGUGUUGUGUGUGUUGUAUGUGGUGAAGAGAUGAUAAGGGUGUGCAAUGUCGAAGCGCUCGCUGAAGGCUUCUAAGCCGGAAACGGUUACAUAUGAGAAUCUGCGGGUUAACGAAGCACAAGAGGAUUUCGGGUUUGAAUCGCGUUCGAUCUGUCAUUCACAACGAAGGCCUGUAUCUUUCGAAGUGCGCUUGGUUGCCGUAGGUGUUGUGCAGCUACAGAGACAAGAAAAACUAUGGAUUGAAGCAC